UUAUAUUAACUAGAAAUAAGUAGUUAAAUGCGUUCUAAACGUUAUUUAUUUACCGGCCGUAAAAGGAAAAGUCAAAUUCUUGGAUUAAAUUAAUCAUUGUGAGAUAAAGUGCGAUAUUUACUAACUAAUUUUACUCAAUAAUGUAUAACCAAUCUGGUGGUGGGGAGCGUGGUAGUGCUGGAGCUGACAAAGAAAAGAAGAGAAAAGAAAGCAUUGUUGAUCUUUCAAAAUAUUUAGAGAAGCCUAUCCGUGUUAAAUUUCAAGGUGGACGAGAAGCAUCUGGUAUAUUGAAGGGAUAUGACCCUCUAUUGAAUCUUGUAUUAGAUAAUACUACAGAAUAUUUAAGAGAUCCUGAUGAUGCUUACAAAUUAACUGAUGAUCGACGAUCCCUGGGACUAGUUGUUUGUCGUGGUACAGCUGUUGUUGUUAUCUGUCCAACAGAUGGAAUGGAAUCUAUACCUAAUCCUUUUAUAUCUCAUGACACAUAAAUAAAACUUCUAAUUUUGUAGGUUUA